AGACCUCCACUCUCUCCCCUCUCCCCUCUCUCCUCUCCCCCCCCGCCUCUCUUCCGCCUCUCUACUUCAGCUCUUCCUACUCUCUCUCUACUGGACGACCACCACCAGCCAUGGUCCUGUUCAAACGCAAACCGGUGCAGUUCCUGCCCGUACCAGAGAUUGAUGAUGAAAACCAAGAGGUCUGGCAUAUCUCCCAGACCGGCGAGGUCUUUCUCACAUAUGAGGACUACCUAAAUAGGUUAGACUUUUACAACCAGAAACGCUUCAUUUGCACCAUCAGCGGCCACUCCGGUCUGACCUUUUUCGACGCGCUCGAGAGCGAGCUCGCCGGUGCCGCCGAAGUAGACCAAGCAUUCCCCGAGGCUCUCAAGGGGCCCAUACUUCGACGGGUCCAAUUUCAGACCGUGUCCCGCAUCGAUACGCUUGUCGACCAGGUGUAUGACGAAUUCAAGAACGACUACUACCCCGGCGAGGGCGUGACCGUUUUCAUCUUGGGCGGCGAGAGGUUGCAGGGCGUAGUGAGAGAUAAGACACGUUUCGGUAGCAAGGUCCUCCCCGACGGCACCCUCACGGUGCCCUUCUCGCGCUACUUUGUCAGCUUGGAUGAGCGACCGGACGAGGAGGCCGUGGUGGAUGACUCGCACAUUUUCCGUGACCGCAAGGUAUUCACCAAGGCCGUUCUGCGCUCCUUCAUCAAGAAGACGGUGACAAGAGAGGCUUGGAACGGGGCGCCGUGGUUGGUCAAGCACGACGUGGCCGAGAAGUACCACAUCGACACCCGCAUACCGCCCCAUCUGCGCUACGACAACAAACUUCUCGAGCGGAAACAGAUGCAGCUCCAGAAGAAGGCCUCGCAGUUCGAUCCCAAUCUAGCAGUCUCGGGCCCCUCAGGUCCCGUAAGCCCUACCGGGUACAGGUUACCCGACCUCAAGCCUGCACCGAAGAGCCACAAGUCGAAGGAGUACCAGCUCCAGCAGCAAAAUGCGAUCAAGGGGAAGCAUAGCACGUUUGGAGGACACGAACCCGGCGCGUUCGUUCACCUGCCGCUCCCCGGCAACCCCUUCCAGUUCCCCAUGUCCUUCCGAGGCCAAGUGUCGCCACCCGCUGCCAGGCAGCCCGAACCGACACCACCCCCGCCGCCUCCGAAAUACCCGAUCGAGGAUCUGCAGGUCGAGCCCCGCCGUAUGGUUCGGCCACAGCUCAAGUACAUGUGCAGCGACACGCCGGUCGAGGUCGCCCCCGAGGCCAAGUCGCCACUCGGCGACAAAAUCCUAAUGAAGUCAAUAGGGCCACUUCUCGAGACGUGGGACACGUUGAAUGUCUAUUGCGAGAUCUUUAAGCUCGACUCGUUCACAUUUGACGACUAUGUGGAAGCCAUGUUGGUCGCCUCUGCGGAGACCCCUGUUCAACUAUUUGACGAAAUUCACUGUGCGGUACUCAAAAUCUUAGUUACCUCGGAGGCCGAAGGUGGCAAGGUUCAGAUCCAGCUGCCGGAACUGGAAGAGGAAGAAGAGGAGGAGGAGGAUGACGAGGAGGAAGAGAGCACCGCGCCCACGCCCGAACCGGAGCCGCAACCGUCAGGCCGUGCGACUAGGAGAAGCUUGGCCAAGGCGGAAGCAGACAGGCUCGCGGCAGAGGCGGCGGCUGCAGAGAAAGAGAUGCAGGAAGCCGAGGACGCGCCCAGGCAUCUGGCCGAGGAGCUAAUCCGAGACUACGACUGGAUCGAGCAUCUGACGAAGCGCGAUUUCAAGGAAGGCGGGUGGGAAAUGAUCAUGGUCGGGCUACUGCACCAACUUUCCCUGAGCGAGCGGCUCAAUGCGAGCUGCGAGGAGCUUCUCGAGCAGCUGGUCCCGACCGAUGCCGAGCCCACCCAGGAGACGGUGCGCGAGAGAUAUUCCGCCCUUGACGUCAACUAUCGCGUUCAGGCGCUGCAGAUCAUUUGCAUGCUCACCUCCGAGACGAGGGCCAUCCGCGGGUACAUGGAGGACUGUAGUGAAACCAUGACGGCGUACAGGAAGGAGAAGAUUGAGUGGCAGAGAAAGAGGAAGUUGCUGAUUGAGGAACUCAAGGGCCUCAACGAUCAACGCAAGAUCCUCUUGCCUGACAACCUUCCUCCGAGCCCACCCCUAGAGCCGGUAAAGACCAACGGGGACGUCAAGAUGUCGGAUGUGGAGGACUUACCCGCCAACACCUCGGAUGAGGUUCCGGACUCGGACGACGAGGGCCCGGCAAGGAAGUUGCGCCGCGCCAACGACCGCGCGGCGGAGCGCAAGCGCAAAGCCGAGAAGGAGCAGGAGCGGAAAGAGAAGGCCGAGGCAGCCGCCAAGGUGCCGAAGCAGUCGAAGCAGUUCCAGCGGGUGCUCAAGGACAUCCAGAAGAAGGAAGACGAGAUUGCCGAGUGCGAACGCGAGAUUGCCAUCAUCGACAACGACCUGCGCGAGGCCGACUGCCCGCGCACGCGCGUGCUGGGCAAGGACCGCUUCUGGAACCGGUACUACUGGUUCGAGCGCAACGGCAUGCCCUACGGCGGGCUACCAGACAGCUCCACGGCGUCGGCGGGCUACGCCAACGGGUGCCUCUGGGUGCAGGGCCCGGACGAGCUCGAGCGCGAGGGCUACAUCGACAUGCUCCCCGAGUACCAGGACGAGUACAAGGCCAAGUUCGACAUGACGGUGCCGGAACGCAAGAAGCUUGAGGAGGGCGCCACCAGCGUGUUCAACGCCUGCCAGUGGGGGUACUACGCCAACCCGGAAGACGUGGAUGCGCUCCUCGGCUGGCUCGACCCCCGCGGGUUCAACGAGCUGAAGCUGCGCAAGGAGCUCGUCAACUACCGCGACAAGAUCGCCAAGAACAUGGAGAGCCGCAAGGCCUACCUCGCCACGGCAGAGGAAGAACAGCAGGUCAAGGAGAACGGCAAGGCCAAGGCCAGCAGCGAAGAAGCCGCCGACGACGAAGAAUCCACCCCGACGCCCGCCGCCGCCACGCCGCCCCCCACCACAGGCAAAAACAAACGCAUGAGCACGCGCGGCCGCGGCGUCACCACCAUCUCGGCGCCGCCCCUGCCGUCGGAGCCGGAACGGGAGCCCACGCCGGCCGCCGCCGCCGCCGCCGCGCCCGUGACGUACCGCUGCAUGGACUGGCAGAACACCAUGGCGCUCGACGAGAUCGGCCACCUGCACAGCUUGGAACCGCCCCCGGCCAGGUCCCGCAAGAUGACCAAGAAGAAGGAGGCUGCCAUCACUGCGGCUGCGGCUGCGUCGGCUGAGCCGGAUGUCAUGGUUACUAGGGGGAAGAGGAAGCGCUAGCCUACUUCUUUUUUCGUCGCUUUUAGGGGUGUUUGUUUGUUUGCCUGAGCGGAGUGGAGUUGGUGGUUGUGGUU